AUGGUACGAAGCAACUCAAGCUCUAAGUUUCUAGAAGUACGAGAAGAAGCUCUACACUGGGCAGAGGAGGAUGAAAAGAUGCGUCCUUCAAAAAGAAAUGUAUCAAGUGAAGCAGUUUCAACCACACAGUCAAACAAAGAGAUGGAUAAAGUAUUGCAAGCCCUUGAAGAGCAGCGUAAGUCGAUUGAUAAUUUGUCCCAAACCCUUAUUUCCCUUUCCAUAUCCAACAAUAAUAUUCAGGGGAAUCAGGGAGGAAGAGGCGGCCGAAACCCUCCCUCCGCGGUUUUGACGAAAGAGGGAACAGAAUUUGUUUUAAAUGCCAAGGAGUCGGACACAUUGCAAGAGAUUGUGUGAAUAAUACAAGUCAACGCCAGAAUGACGGCCUUCCCCCAUCCAAUGGCCCACCACGCAAUACUGCCCCACCCUCAUCGUAUGUCCAUAGCCAAGAUACAUCAGCGCCAAACGGUCCCCCUCCACAGUCGCGAGACGGACAGUAG